AUGUUUUUGAGUAUCGUGUUCGAAAAAAAAACGAUUCUAUAUCCGUCGUUUGAUAUGUGGGAUUUGGAUACGGUGGAUUAUGGGGUUAAUUCACACAUUUAUCGUGAACUGGAACAAAAGGAUUGGGAUUUUUUAAUUGCGCAUUAUUUGGGGGUGGAUCAUUGUGGACAUCGGUAUGGACCCAAUCAUCCGGAAAUGGAGCGAAAAUUGACUGAACUGAAUGGUGUGAUAGAGGAUAUUGUUGAUAAGCUUGACGAUAAUACAAUUUUGUUUGUCAUUGGUGAUCACGGAAUGACUGAAACUGGUAAUCAUGGAGGGGACGCUGAGGAUGAAAUAACUUCAGCUUUCUUUAUGUACUCUAAACAAUUAUUGUCGUCGGUACAAAACCACUCAACAGUGGUGAGACAAAUUAGCAUUGUGCCUACUAUGGCAGCCAUAUUCGGCGUGUCUGUGCCCUUUUCCAACCUAGGAACUAUUAUUCUGGAUGCCCUUCCAGUCAUGAACAACUCAUACAUCCAGGAAUGGCAGUUCUCUCUUUUUUACCUAUGGGGAAACGUUCAACAAAUGAUGAAUUACAUUGAAGAUUAUGCGCAGACGUCUCCAGGCACGUUCAGCGAUUCUGAGCUCAAAGGACUGCGAGCAAAAUACGCGAUCUUAAACAGCAAACUUUUUGCCGUUGAUCAUACAAAUCUUGACGAUUUUGCCGAAAGCGCGGUAAAUUUUUUGACAAACUUGAGAGAAACGUGUGAGAAAGUAUGGAUUCAGUUUGAUUCUUUUUCGAUGACGCGUGGUCUUUUGUUUCUGUUUCUUUCGUUAUUUUUCGUUUAUAUGAUUACAGAUGGUAUCCCGAGUAAUCGUAUACCCGAGAUUUUCAUGAGUUCGUUUUUAACAUGUUCUUACUCAGUGCUAUUUUUAGCCACUUGUGUCUCAAUUAUUCUUUAUCAUUUUAAUUUUGUUGAUCAUUUAAUUUCAACUAUAUUUUUCUCAACGGGAUUAGUAUCUCAGAUUAUGUUAGUAAUGUUAGUGAUACAAAACUGGGAGUUGAUUUCGUUGAAUUGGUACGACCGCAGCAGACGAGAGAAAAUUUUGAACCUAGUUUGUCGCUUAGUUUUAAUAUUUCAUUUAGGCGGUCUGUUUUCUAACAGUUUCGUCGUUGAAGAAUCAUCAGUACUACUAUUUCUCUUGGCUACUGUGAUUUUAAUUGGUAGUUUGAAUGUAUGUCAAAGCGAAGCGAAGAAAAAGAAUAUCAGAAUUCGGUGGAAAUUGUUGAUGAUCGCGUUUGGAAUGUUAAUUCUAGUGAGAAUUUCUAUGUACUUUUGGCGAUGUCGCGAUCGACUUGAACAACCCUGGUGUUACGAAACAUACAACACUUUCACUGCUAAAACUGAAACGACUAAACUCCAGUGGAUAAUUACGGUUAUAACGUUGGCUCUAUUCGUUACUAUCACGAAAGGAUGGUUACGAAAUUGCGGAAAUCUCAACGGAUACAAAUUUACGGUGAUUUUGUUAAAGUACGCACCAACGGUUUUGGUGGUUUGUACAAGUGGUUAUUGGGUGUUGAGCAGAUUACCGAUUGAUGGAAGGAACAAAUCAUUUAGGCCAUGGCAAGCUAAUCUGUUAGCUUGGAUUGUCUACGGCGUGUCGUCAGUAGGAAUACUAACAAUGAUUAUAAAACCUCUUUGCGUUUACAUCUUACCAAGCAACGAUGCUUCCAAUGACGCGGAAAGUAACGCAAUCCCGCAUUUGUUCCACAAAGUUAAGAGAUUGUUCAAUGAACCAAACAAGGAGGAUAUUCCAGUUCUGUGCGGUCUCGGUACUGCAUACAGUGCCGUUUUUGUCGCAAUCGGAAUAUAUUUAACCCACUUGUUUGCUCUUCUACACGGAGAUGCAGCCGCUUCAUCCACCGUUAUUAUGUUUCUAGCAUCAGCAUUUGUUCUCAUAAUCACAUCAAUAAUAAGAUUGGAGAAAGCCACAACUGUUGAACAAUUGUUUGAUAUUCCAAACAUGUCACUCCUAGUUUGGGUGAUACUAGCGCAGUAUUUCUUCUACGGCACGGGACAUCAACCCUCCUUCCCGAAUAUAAUCUGGGAUGCAGCGUUUGUAGGUACCACAGGAGUAUUUAAACACAACUUUAUCCCCGGCUCUCUAAUCAUCAUUAAUACAUUUUGUUCCCAAAUACUAAUGGGUUUUUUAAUGCCUCUGCAUCUAAUCGUUCCUUUCACCAUUUCUGUUAUGUUACCGUCAAUUACUAGCAAAAAUGUCCUGGAAAAAGAAAAUUUGCGCGGAGAGGUGCUUUUGUACGAACGUAAUGGUUUGAUGCUUACUGUAGCGUUUACGACGUCUUGUAAAUAUAUGAUCUGUCACGCAAUUCGGGUGUUCGCUACCAUGUUGGCGGCUACCAUUCACUGCCGUCACAUGAUGAUUUGGAAGAUAUUUGCCCCUAAGUUAAUUUUUGAGUCAGUUGGAAUGUUCGUCACUUUGGCAACGGUUAAUAUAAGUUAUUUGGUAUUGCUUAGAGUGAAUUCGAAAAUAGACGAAUUUGUAACGUCUUUGAAUAAGAGAUAUAAGUGAUAGUGUCAGUUUGUUUUUUUUUAUGUAAAUAAUUUUCUACUUAGUUCUAUUUAUGUGUGUGUGUAAAAAUAUUGUAAUUAAAUUAAA